AGCUGUGAAUUCCUCACUAUGGCUCGGCUUUUGAAACUCUUCCUAUUUCUCGUGUGCUGUUGCUGGGGUUGUGAGGCGCAGUUCACGAUGACUCAGCCGCCCUUCGUCUCGGCCUCCAUGGGAGAAACAGUCGGGAUCUCUUGUACGAGAAGCAGUGGGGGUAUAAGAAGCAGCUGGAAUCACUGGUACCAACAGAAACCCAACAGCGCUCCGAUACUGCUAAUAUACAAGGAUGAAGAGAGAGUGUCGGGGAUCCCAGAGCGAUUCUCUGGUUCUUAUGACACCUCGGCCAAUUCUGUCACCUUAACCAUCUCCAACGUCCGAGCAGAAGAUGAAGCUGACUAUUACUGUCAAUCUUAUGACAGCGGCAAGCACACAAUGGUACAACCUGAUGAGGAAGUGGUAUGCCAGCUGGCCGUCAGCAAAGAAGCCCGCAACCCCACCUCCUCCUUAAGGCGGAAGUGGCUUUCCCUUCCAGGUCCCAGUGCCCAGCAGCAGCUGCACCCCCUGAAGCCCUCAGAGGUUGUGUCUGCAGGAGAUAUGGUCACCCUUUCCUGCAGAUUCAGUGGUGGAACCAUCACUGAUGGCAACUACCCUCUCUGGGUCCAGCAGAAACUGGGUUAUUCUCCACGGCUGUUGAUUGACCAGACCAGCAGAAGAGCACCAGACAUCGCAGCCCGUUUCUCUGGGUCUAAGUCAGGGAACACCAUGUCCCUGACCAUCACAGGAGCCAUGGCAAAAGACAAGGCUGAUUAUUACUGCACCAUUAAUAUCCCUGGCCAGUAUGUCACAAUGGUCCAUGCACGUGGGGAAGCGAGACAAAAACUCUCCUAA